AUUCAAAUGAAUAAACAAUUGCAUACACUGAAACAACCCAGAAUUUAAAUCUUUUCUCAUUUAAAACUUGUUUGUUUUGGACUUGUCCCACAAACCUCCGUAAACAAAAAGCCAUUGCACAACAUUAAUGAUCAUUAUAACAAAUCUUUUUCAGUAUAUACAUUUAUUUUGACUAUAUUUCUUAAUAAAAAUGCCAAAUCAUGGCUGGUCAGUAAUGUUGAUAAAGUAGGUUGCAUUGGGAAAUGUGCAAAUGUUGGAAUUAUGUCCUACCAUAUCCGCGAGACAGUUACUCCAAGGGGCCGUUUACACGACAACGUUUUCAAAUAAAAACGGAAAACUUUUUAUGCAUUUUGGCUGUUCAUUUACACAACAACGGCAUUUUGGGUUCUGAAAACGCAAACUUUUGAAAACGGGUUUCAAAGUGCACGUUUUUGAAAAUGAUGCUGUUAUCGUCUCCGUGUAAACAUACAAAAACGCGAAUUUGUGAAAACGAUGACGUCAUGCGCACGCAUAUUAUGUGUUAUAUAAAGAAUGAUGGAUUGAAGGCAUCGAUUUUAGAUGUAUAAUUAUCAAUAUGAAUACUGGUGUCUGUGCAAAUAACAAUAAUCAACAAUUUAUUCAUUUGGAGUGUUUUGUAUGGAAAGAACAUUGUACAAUAGGCAGAACCUGCACUUUGAAAAUCUUGAAAUUAAUGUAUGGAUUCAGAUGGGAAAAAUGUAUUUGUAUUUUAAAUGUUAUUUAUUUAUUUACUUAAUUUUAUUUGAUGUACCUUUACCCUGCAAUUCAUUCACCCACCGCUAAUGUAUAUAGCCUAUAGACAGAGAUGUGAAGCCAUGUACAGUAUUCAAUGAUAUGCUUAGAAUAUGAAAACAUGAGGCAGUGAAAAUGCAUGUUAGAUCCAGUGUACACAAGACCUCUCUCUCCGUCAGAAGAUAUCCAUGUAUCAGUGUUCUGUCUGAUAUCCAAAACCAGUUAACAUCAACAGCUUGUUAUGUUAACUUACUCUCCUACCAGCCCAAGAGUCAGCAGGGGGAAUACAGAAGGCAGGAGACGAAGUGAUGUGCUUGCCAUUGUCAGAGCUGCUGUCUGCCUUUGGGUUGGGUAAUGCUUCUGUGGUCAGUCUUGAUGAUCUGCAGUUGAUGUGUCCAGCUAUUCUCACUCAGGUCUUGUUACCUGCCUGCCCUUACACACCUCUCUCUGACCAAAAUGCCUCUGACCACAAAGUUUGGGGUUAUGGGUUCCUGGCAGUGACCGUGAUAAACUUGGCUGCUCUUUUGGGUUUACUUCUGGUGCCUUUCGCCAAAAAAACAUAUUUUCCAAAAGUUUUGACCUACUUCAUUGGACUGGCCAUUGGAACACUGUUUUCAAAUGCUGUACUGCAACUGAUCCCAGAGGCCCUUGGCUUAGAUACCAAAGAUGAUAACUAUGUGCUGAAUGCAGUUGGGAUUUUUGGUGGUUUUUAUGUUCUGUUCUUCACUGAGCGAGUUUUAAAGAUGGCAUUGAAAGCAGAUACAGAGCAUGGCCACAGUCAUUUUCCUCCCCUGCAGUCAGCUGAUAUCGCCAUCACCACAUUCAGCAAUGACAUUGUCAUAAGCAACAUCAGCAGUGACAUCAUUACAAACAACACCAAUAAUGAAAUCAACACUAAUAACUGUAAUGAAAAGUCCAGCAACCCAGCUGAGAGUCCAGCCAUUGAACAGAAUGCAUGUGCGUUGUGGACUUGUCGCUGGGUAAGAGGGGAACGAAUGUCUAAUAUAAAAACUGUGGCAUGGAUGAUCACUCUUACUGAUGCACUGCAUAACUUCAUAGAUGGUCUGGCAAUCGGAGCAUCCUUCACCCUCUCCCUCCUCACUGGCUUCAGCACCUCUAUUGCCAUCUUCUGUGAAGAGUUCCCUCAUGAGCUCGGUGAUUUCGUGAUUCUGUUGAACUCGGGCAUGAGUGUGGCUCAGGCUGCGUGUUUUAAUUUGCUGUCAGCUAUGUGCUGUUAUCUUGGUCUUGCACUGGGGAUUCUGCUGGGCAGCAGUUUUGCUCCAAAUCCUAUCUUUGCUAUUGCUGGUGGAAUGUUCAUCUACAUCGCCCUUGCAGACAUGUUCCCAGAGAUGAACAGUAUCAUGGCAAGACAAACAAGAGGCUAUAGAGAAAAGGUUGUGUUCUUCCUGAUCCAAAAUGCUGGACUGCUCAGUGGAUUCACUGUAAUUCUGCUUAUUACCAUGUUUGCGGGAGAAAUCAAUCUGGGCUAAGAAGAGAGGACCAAAUGAAAAAGAAGGGAAACAAGGAAUGAUUGUUUUCAGUGCCAGAAACCAAAAACUCGAGACAGAGACUGAAAUUUUUCUAUCGUUUGUAUUGUAGACAUGUACUUUAUUUGCUGUUGACAGAAUCAUAUUAUCCUGCAAGAGAUUACUUAUGUAAUAAAUUAUAAUAAGAUUUUUUUUCAA